AUGGAGUCUCAUAAGGACAAACGUUUCCUCAUUGUUGGAGCUGGCGUGUUCGGCCUGUCAACAGCGUUGGAGCUCAAGUCACGAGGAUACCAAAAUGUGGUAGUUGCGGAUCGAUAUCCACCUCCCGUCAAAGAUGGCAGCAGUGUGGAUAUAUCGAGGAUAAUUCGGACAGAAUACGCCGACGAGCUAUACCACCGAAUGGCACGCGAGGCUUAUAAGUUGUGGAGAGAAGGCGAGUAUCGCGAAGACUUCCACGAGACUGGUUUUGUGAUGCUUGCUGAGGGUAGGGGCCUAUCUUACCUUGAAAAGUGCUUGAAGAUCAGUGAAUCAGUUGGUGUCGUUCUGGACGAUUUCUCUGAUGCGAAUGACGUCCGUCAACUCUAUCCUGCUGUCCAGGCUAGGUUAGAUGGGCUGCGUGCAGUCCAUAACCCAAAUGGUGGUUGGGCAGAUGCGGAAGCAGCUAUUCGAAGGCUGGCGGGCCGAUGCAGCGACGCGGGCGUCUCCUUUGUCAACGGGCCCCGUGGUACUGUUGUCUCUUUGAUAUACAACAGCAAGGAGUGCAAACAGCAAGUUGUGGGAGUAAAGGUGGCUUCAGGUGACGACAUUAUAGCCGACCAGGUCAUCCUGUGCACCGGAGCCUGGACAAAUAGGCUUCUCUCCUUAGACCAUGCUACCUCCGCAUCUGGCCAGCCACUGGGCUUCAUCGACCUUACGGAAGAGGAGGCAGCUCGAUUGAAGGGCCUUCCUGUCAUGAUCAACUACAGUACAGGCAUCUUUUGCUUCCCUCCUAGCCCGGGAACCAAUAUCUUAAAAGUUGCCAGACACGGCUAUGGGUGGGCCACGGAGGUUCAGACAGGCGACGGUCGAGUGGUAUCCUCGCCGAAGCUCGAUGGUUGCAACACCGGGUCGUCGUACCUACCAGAUGAUGCAGACAAGGCACUCCGUGAGGGUCUCCAACAAUUGCUCCCUGAGUUUGCAAACCAUCCAUGGUCUAAUCGACGCAUGUGCUGGUACUCGGAUACUCCAGACGCCGACUUCAUAAUUGACCACCAUCCCGGCAUUGAAGGGCUGUUCAUUGCUACAGGUGGAUCUGGACACGCAUUCAAGUUCCUGCCGGUCUUAGGGGGUUACGUGUCAGACUGUUUCGAGAAUAAGGCUCCUGAUGACGUGCGACAAAAAUGGAGGCUGAGACAGAGAGCCAAGGAUGAUCAUACCAAGUUGAAAGUUGCGGAUGGCAGUAGAGGAGGUCCACCGCUGAGGAAGUUGGCAGCAGAAGAGCAAGCGAAACUAUAG